UUUUUUUUAUCUUCUUUGUACCUUUCCUUUUGUUUCUUCCCUACACUUGGAGGAGCAAUAAUGGCAAGCAAUGGUGCAUGUGAUACGAUGCGAGUCUUCCUGUUGGCUGUUGGCUGUUGGUUAGUAAUUUUUAGUAAUGUACUGGAGUAUGUAGAAUGCAAUUUUGAUGCUGAAUAACAGUAGUUUGUAGCUGGAUAUUUGCAGUGCAGAGUAACUUCUUUUUUUCCCUAAGGUGCACAAGUAUAAUUUGUGGGCUCAAUUGAGGCGGCCUGAUCUUCGGGCCUGAAUUUUUGGAUUGAGGCAUGCAGGCUUCGGCCGUGCUGGAGACGCCUUUUUGAAAUUCUCGGCGGAACUCGACCUGACACAAAACAAGGGGAUUGCGUGGGCUGCACUUGUUCAGGGGUCAAGUCACGUGGCUCAGCAUAAGCCCGACCCACAACCAUUUUAACAGAGUCGUACUUAUGCCGUAGUCCUAUAUUUAAAUACGAACCAAAAAUUAGACGAAAUCAUUACAAAGAUGAUUGAUUACCAAUUAGUUAGAAACUUGUUUUUGAUAAAAUAAAAUGACAAGAUAAAUGAUCCAAAAUGAAAAUAGAAAAAGGAGUGGGGACUAGGGAGAAUAAGAAUACUUAAAGAAGGGAUAAAACUUAAAAGCUCAAAAGCAAAUUAAGAGAAAGGAGAGAUCAAGAAUUGGGGAUAUCCGGAGCAUAUUACUGUGUCACUGACUCACUGUGAACUUGUUAAGUGCUACCAUACAAGCCUGGCUUAAUUUGUUGAUCAAGUAUUACGCUAUGGAAUCUCGUGCCAACCAUAACCAGGUAUCUCAUUGUCCUAACAAAUGCUUAAGCUGUGUUCAGUGGUUACCUCUAUUCAAGAAGAAAAAGCAGAAUUCAAUCGAAAAGUUUCAAAAUCAUGACAUUAUUGUAUAUGUUCUCGGUGGUCCUGGGUGUGGAAAAGGAACCCAAUGUUCUAAAAUUGUAGAAGACUUUGGUUUUAUUCAUCUCAGUGCUGGAGAACUCCUUGAAACAGAAGUCAAAACCGGAUCUGAAACCGGAAAAAUGAUUCAGGAAUUCAAGAAGGAAGGAAAACUGGUGCCAUCUGAGGUGGUUGUCAAGCUUCUGAAACAGGCCAUGCAGAGAAGUGGUAACAGAAAAUUUCUUAUUGAUGGCUUCCCGCGCAAUGAAGAAAACCGUCUGACAGCUGAGAAAAUGUUGGGAAUACAGCCAACAAUAGUGUUAGUGUUUGAUUGUUCAGAAGAGGAAAUGAUCAGGCGUGUUAUGCAGAGAAAUCAGGGAAGGGUUGAUGAUAACAUGGACACGAUAAGGAAACGCCUUAAAGUUUACAAAGAAUCAACACUGCCUGUGAUUGAUUACUACGCCAAAAAGGGGAAGGCCCGAAAGAUAAAUGCUGAGAGACCCGUUGAAGAAGUGUUCAGGUCAGUAGAGGCUGUCUUUUCUGAACUUGGAUUAGUGAAGCGCGGGAAAACAAUAGUUUAGUGUAGGGGACAUAUUUUGAGUUCUUUUGUGUUGUAUACUUGAUUCAUAUGCUUUCGUGUUCUUUUUUACUUUUAUUCAAUACGGUGUCAAUUCCCAACAAUAGAAACAAAUAGGGACAGAGGGAGUAGUAGUACUAUACUGAGAUGACGAACAUGCAAAGGAGGAUAUCUUGUUUUGUUAUCAUGAUUCCAUGUACUCCAUAUAUUAUAUAUAGGUCAGUUGAACAUAUUUUAAAUCUCA